AUGGAGUCUCACAAGAACAAAACAAAUACCGAUUCAUCACAAUUAAUUACGAUGAACGACAAUACUUUUCGUAAUAAUAUUAGGAGAUAUAUUUUAGGAGAUGAUGAGGAUACUGGUAUGGAUAUUGACAUAGAUAUUGAUAAAUUUGAGAUUACGAAAUUCGACUACAGAAGUAUUUUCGGCAAGAGUGAGCACCAAAAUAUAAGUCAUUUAGAAAUGGUAUCUAAAUUUUUCAGAAUUAAUAAGAAAUCUGAAAUGAAUAUGGUCACCUUAAAGCACAAGUUGUAUUUUGACGAUCAUCCAGAUGAGUGGAAAGAAUUAUUUAUUUUCUUUUGCGUUAUGCCAUUCACGGAGUACGAAUUCCAAGGCAAAGGUGGAAGUUUGAUAAAUCCUGAUUCACUUCAUAUUGCUUGUCCGAGUGAUGCUACUGACAACCUUCUAAUUGGAACCUUUUCAGAUAUAGAGUUUGAAUCAUUCAAUGAGGAGAUUCCGGAAAGCAGAUUCGCAGCUAAUUUGCAAUGUAUUUUGAGAACCGACCUAUUCUCUAAUACUUUUAGCGAAGAUCAAAGAAAAAAAGUAAUUACAAAUUUGCUCUAUGUUGGGUUUCAAUCAAAGCAUAAACUUGUUAAACAUAUUGGGUCGAAGGCUGAAGCAACUUACAGAGAUAAUUUUCUGAAAUAUUUGUUUACACCCCUAAGUGAAUAUCUUGCAGCUUUAUUAGGCUUUUUAGUAGAAGUUGAAGAGAAAAAUACAGACGGUCAGACAGGAGUGCAAACUAGAGUGCCUCACACAACAAAUGAUUUAUUUUAUUCGCACCCGGAUAUUGUGGCUUAUACAGAGAAAAUACAUUACCGAUCAUUAGCUAUUGUAGAGGUCAAAAAAUUACCACUUUUAAAGGGUGACAAAGUGAUAGACUUUUAUGACUCAAAAAUGGUUAGAUUCUUCGUUCAACUUGUCGCAGAAAUGCUUUCUAACCACAUCAAUAAAGGCAUGCUAACUGAUUCUUAUACAACAAUAUUGGUUGAAAUAGAUAUCGACAGGAGUUUGGAGGCAAUCAAGCAUAGUACAGGCCUUCUGGAUGCCGGCAAGCCCAUAGCUCUCAAUUAUAAAAUAUUGGAUUGUCCCUCGUCUGGACUUACCUUGAGGGGUGGACUCAUUUCAUUUAUCUAUGAGGCAUUCAAGACCGAUGGAACUCAACUAAAUGAGAUUAAGAGGGGACUAGAUAGAAUCUAUAAGUAUAUUCGUAAGACAAACGAAGAGUACUUGAUUUAUAUUGAUGGACUAGCCGACAAAUAUGAAGCAGCUUAUAGAAAUUUCUGUAUCGAUGCUUAUAGGGCUAAAGAGCAACGCCUUUACCUUUCUGAUACAAGUAUUAGUCUUGAAGAGUUUGACAAAAUUGAUGUGCAAAGUGGGUUUAGCUUCAAUUCUCAACUUUUCAAAGUGGAUAUUAAAGAGGUAAAAGAUUAUUUAAGAGAAAAUAUUGGGAUAGACGACAAAUUGAUUGUUAAGGUCUUUGAUCCAAUCAAGGCCAAGAGAAAACACGAUAGUUAUACGGUCGACAAGACUGAUAUUUUCAGCAAAUGUCGAAGAGCAUAUCUGUGUGAGAAGACAGCCUAUGAAAAGCUAAUAACUAAUCUCAAGUUUAACGGCAUCUACAUUGAUCAGAAGUGUGUUUUUGGUAAGUUCAAUAUCGGCGAGCACUACCACGCUUUGGGUCCAUUUCUCAUACUAAAGUAUUUGGGCAAAACCGAAUGUCCAUUGGACGAGAAAACUUAUAAAAAGGCUGAAGAGCAAUUAGAAAUAAUCCACUAUAAUCAGAUAAUACACGGGGAUAUUAAUUUGAGAAAUAUUCUCUAUUGCGAUGGGAAAGUCUAUUUUAUCGAUUUUGGGUAUUCAAAUUAUGAUGAUAACAAAGAAAAGCGCUCUAGGCCUGUAAGUGCUAAUGAUGAGACUAAGAAAAGUGAACACAGAGAAUUGUGCAGAGUAUUUGGACAGCCUAUUCCAGAAAAAUAUAGAUUGAGAGAUCCAAGAUGA